GAAGUGAACCAAAUGGCUAACGUGGUUGAUUUAUCGCUUUCCCGCCAGAUCACAUGUGUCUUACUCUUCAUUUCCUUGGCUCACACUCAAAACAUUGUCGUUUUCCAGCCGUCAUAUCUCACUACAACUGGACCGACAGUCACUGCACAUCUGCUCGGAAACACGUCGGACAUCUCUCUGAAUCUGAGGGCAGUGUCUCCAUCUAACACAACAGGAAGCAUUGGCUCUCCAUCAUGUGUGUCUGAAGACACAGAGUGGGUGCUCACACGGGAGCAAGUGGGAAAGACUGCAGUUCGGGUUCAGCUGAGACUGGAUAAAAGUCUGCGUUUGUGUGGUGAGAAUGAGACAGACACAGACUGCUGUCCAAAGCCACUGUGUGUCCUGGAGACCCUUCAGGUGUCUGCCUGUGUGGGAGGCACACCUCGGGCAUCACUGCUGAUCCAGGCCAAGAUAUACGCUCUGUUGGUUCCUGCUAAUGCUGGGUCUGAUAAUAAAACAGUCAUUCCAAACCAAGUGUACCAGCCACUGGGCUCAUGCCCGUGUGACCUCACAUUCAGCGCAUGUGAUAUACGCUGCUGCUGUGACAAGGACUGUUCCACGGAAGAUUUGAAGCUUUUUGUGUCCCACUGUUUCCCAGGGCCCUUUGGUGGACAGGUCUCUCCUGCUCCAGAUUACCAGUGCUCUGUGCAGUCCUCAGAAAACUCCCCAGAUUGGUUUCCAUUUUUAUGUGUCAAUUCUCCACCUGAAAACAACCCUUACCUUGGGCUCUUUUACCAGGGAAACACAAUCACACCUAAACCUGGCCCAUCCUUUCAAAGCCCUGUUUUGUCACCUCCAGUGCCAGUUAAUGUUUAUAUUCAAGGAAGUCCCAUUUUCACAUUAAAUGACCAGUACUUCACUAUUCCUCAGAAGGUGCUCGGGCAGUGUGUAAACAAUGCUCCUGUAGCAUUUUUGAAGAAUUUUGAAGUCAAGUGUGUAACUCUGCUACGCUCCUGUCCAACUGGACCUCCCUUACAGACACUACCAACAGAUUUGAGGAUUAAAGUGAAGAAUGGGCAAGGCGGUGAUGUUAUAGUGGAUGUAAUUAAUGAAGUGGCCAUUGACUCGAGUCAGUUUAUUUCAAGCACAGAUUCCUCUUCAGAUGAGGGACUGGUAUGUGAGAAUGUGACCUUAGCGCUGGAUUACAAAUUCUACUGGAAAGGAAAUGGCAUCACAAACAUCACACUGACUCUCACUGUUGGGACCAUCACUUUAAAUAGUAGUGUGGCGUUAACUACAAGGUAUUCUGCCGUGUUUCUAAAUGGAGAAGGAAUGGGUGAGCCCAACUCAGGGAACCCAGGCUAUCAGGUGGGAAGGCCUGUUAUUGCUGGAAUUGUGGACACUUUGGAAAAUGAUACAGGCUCAGUACAGAGGGCGUCAAUCAAUCUUUGGAAACCAGAGAGUGUUGGACUCUGUUCCACUGCUGAGAUGAAACCAGUUCUGUUUGGGGAGAAUUCAACAUCAGGAUGUUUGCUCUCUGUCAGCCGACAGAAUCUGACUGAGUGUGAUCUCCUGAGAGUGUUACUUCUCUCCAGGACAGCUUUAAUGACAGCCACAUAUGUGGCAAAGAGUGGAAACCCAGAUCCUCUAACUAUGACAGACUGGGUGAACAUAAGCUUUGUGACACAAAACUCAAGCGCAACUAUGGAAGACACCACAAGUUCAUGCUAUGGGAUUCCAUCCCACCAGCAUAUCCAUGUGUGGAGUCUUAUCACUGGCGCGGUAGAAGGCAUGCCUCAAAGGGAUAUCCGUGCUUUGCAAGUCAGCUACAGCCUGUCUCACUGGACACUGGAUUGUGGAGGAGGUGAUGUCUCUCUAUGUGUGGAACCAAUGGAGACUCAGCUGUUCCCCCUCACCUCCUCAGUCACCUUUACGGACAUUCCCGUCAACACAGAACCACCAAAAACCAGGUUUCAGAUAAACUUCACAGAGUAUGACUGUAACAGGAAUGAUGUGUGUUGGCCUGAGCUCGCCUUCCCCAUCACCAAGUAUUACACGGGUGAGCCAUAUUCUCAGUCACUGGCAAAGGGCCUCAUCUUGGUUUUCUUCUUUAUUACUGCCUCAAUUCUUGGGACUCCAUGGAGACAAAUCAGACAGGCAUGGAAAUAGUGCAGCUCCAAAAAACAGAGAAAAUGGACAUGAAGAGGAAGACACACAGAUGGAGGAAGAAUGAGAGGCUCAACAGGAUGCUGUCACUGAAGUGUAAAUACUUUUUACAUUAGACAUAGUUUAUAAUGAUGUAGUUUUUACAUGUUUAUAAUAUGUUUGGAGAAUUGUAAAUAGUUGUAUUGGUGCACCAUUUUGUAAUAAAAAUAUUUUUAUAUGACUUUUA